GUUUGACAAACACUAUCAGCAUCGACGAUGAGAGAUUCUGAGGCUAUCAGAGCGAAGCUAUCAAUGCAUCGGACCAGAGUGCCGUAAAGUGCACCUCGGGACGCACGGCACACUUGCGCAAUGAACAAAUGUGAUGUACGUUGGUCAAGGGUGUUUGUUGUGCCGGCCGCGGAAGCCUACAAAAGAUGAUUAUGCAUCUCUCCUUCCUCAAUUGGGUUUUGACAUAACACUCUCAAGCGGCUGUGAAGCCGGUCGAAACCUUCAACACGAGCGGCGAAGAUAACAGCUGCACUCGAGUCGAACGCUGCCGGCGCUACAUACUGGAGGAUGCCGCUAUAUGGGAUUGUGCGGGGAAACACCUUGUAAAACCGUUGGAUUUCUGACGUCCUUCUUAUCAACUGCACGCAGACCUUCCUGUUUGGGCUAUACUGGUAUCUAUCCAUCGCAAAUACACCUGCUUGGUGAAAAACAUGAGCAAUGCGCAUCUCCGUAGAUGCAAGAGUCUGCAGUCUGCACGGAAGAGGAAGGCACGGUAGGCACAGAAAGGAAUACAUUAGAGCACAAUGGAUGCUAUGGCCACCAUGAAAAGGUAUAUAUACGAUCGUUGACCUCUUCUAUCCCUACAGUUCCUACACUUCUACUCUGCCUCUUCAACGUUUGGGUUCCCAGCUGGUAUCAUCUCAAUAUGUCCGCCUUCCGGUCGUGGUCAAGCACCCGUUUCAUUUACCUUGCUUUGCUUUUCAGCCAGUUGUCUUGGGCUGUCCCAGUGGAGCUAGAGAAGCGUCAAGAGUAUGGCUUGACCGGCGAUGGGUUCGAUGCAGGCACCAAAAAGCUGGGAAAUGCGUACAAUUAUUGGCUCGAAAUGCCCAAUGGAACCUGGGACCUUACAAGGAGCCAAAGUGCCCCAGUGACCUCACCCAAGGUGUUGCCCAUGGAAGGAUCCUCGAUCAUGAUCGAACCAAACCGGACAGCCCUGGUCAUCAUCGACAUGCAGAACUUCUUUCUUCAUCCAGAUCUAUCCCCCCACGCAACCGCUGGAAGAGGUGCCGUUCAGCCAACUGUGAAUAUGAUCAACGGCUUUCGCAAGCAUGGCAUGAAGAUCCUCUGGACUAAUUGGGGUCUGACGGAAUAUGAUCUACUGACUAUCCCACCUUCCUUCAAGGCGGGUUUCUCUACCAACGGGUCAAAUUUGGCGAAUGAAACAUUUGGCAGCGACAUGGGCACCAUUGAACAAAAUGGCACCACCAUUGAAGUUGGCCGCAAGCUUAUGAGAGGGGCCUGGAACGCUGAGCCAUACGGCGUCCUGGGAACCAUGAAGAACGAAGGGAUUGCUGCAGGAACAGACCUUUGGUUCAACAAGAAUCGUUUGUCAGGGCUUUGGGGCCCACAAACUCCAUUGGGAAUCUGGCUUCAGGAAAAUGAGGUGUCGACUCUCUUCUUUGGGGGCGUGAAUGCCGAUCAGUGUGUAUGGUCGACUUUGGUGGACGCUUACUUCAAGGGGUACGACGUCAUAUACGUGGACGACAUUAGUCAAACCACCAGUCCCUUUUAUGCUAUAGAGAUGACAAGGUAUAAUGCGCAAGGUUAUGGCUUUGUGGGCAAUUCGACCCCGAUCUUGAAGGCCUUGGGGUAGGAGGCUACGUGUGAAACCCCAGACGAGUCCACAGGUGAUGAGAGCAGCAACGACCACAAGUGCCGCAGAUUCGGUACCUACAGAGUUGCAGGGAUUUAAAUUCCAAACACUGGGUAGUUGAACUUGCCACAGUACGAGCACGCUGAAAGAGCCAUCAGUACGGCAGGCCGUUGUCUUCAGGUGAUCUGUAGUCAAGCCCUCUUUCAAGUCGAGGAGGCCAUCUGACCAUACGACCGCACAUAGAAAAUUUGCCAACUGAUUCCAGUCUUCUUCUGCCUAUACCUCAUCCCCUCCUGCAUGACCCUGCAAGUUGGCCCUUCCAGAGAUGCAUGCAAGUACUGACUGUACAGUGGUGAACCAAAAACGCCAAGUCUAUUUAUUUAUUUAUGCUUUUAUGCCUCACCAUUACCACCUUCACUUCUUCCA